AUGGCCGAAUUCUUCAAAUCGGCUUUAGGAUAUUUAGGAAAUACGGUUUCUUCAAAUAGUGAAAAUGAUUUUGUCGGACAGAAUGUCGAGAUGGGGAGGCAAAAACUACGCGUCAAAAGGAUGAUAGCAGAAGGUGGGUUUGCGUUUGUUUUUGUGGCCCAAGAUGUAAAAUCAGGGAAAGAAUAUGCAUUGAAGAGACUUCUAUCAAGUGACUCUGAGAAGACCAAAUCAAUAAUCCAAGAAAUAACCAUUCUGAAAAAGGUUUCAGGACAUAAAAACAUUAUAGAGUUUGUAGCAGCUGCCAGUGUAGGCAAGGAAGAAUCUGGUCAUGGGCAGGCUGAGUUUCUCCUCUUAACUGAAUUUUGUUCAGGUGGAGAGCUGAUCAAAGCAAUGAGAAACCAGACACUGACAAGAAAUUUGGUCCUGCAAAUAUUUUACCAGACCUGCUCAGCUGUCUUACACAUGCACAAAUUAAAACCACCAAUCAUACAUAGAGAUCUUAAGUUGGAAAAUCUUCUCCUAAGCAGUGACAACAGGGUCAAGUUAUGUGAUUUUGGUAGUAGCACGACAUUAGCUCAAUAUCCAGAUGACACCUGGACAACUGCUAGGAGGAAUACUGUGGAAGAUGAGAUGGCCCAAAACACAACCCCCAUGUAUAGGGCACCUGAGAUGUUGGAUCUGUAUCAAAAUUAUCCAAUCAAUGAACAGGCUGAUGACUCUGCAAAGUUGAGGAUUAUAAAUGCCAACUUCACAAUACCUCCUACUGACACACAAUUCACUGAAUUCCAUAGUCUCAUUAAAAUGAUGUUGAAGCCACACCCUCUUGAAAGACCAAACAUCGAGGACAUAGUUGAACAGCUCGAACUUCUAGCAACCACAUUCAACGUCAACCCAGAAUCACCAUUGAUUUUUGAUGGCACAAAUCUCUCUCAUAAUGCAGAUUCAGUGCCGACAUGUAUAGCAACAACAUCGAACAACAACAUCACAUCAAACAACAACAACAACAGUCUGUCUACAGCGACGGCUGUAACCUUAAAUCAAUCGACCAAUCAGAGCAGAGGGUCGCCGUCCUUACCACAUGGUUAUGGUGGUGGCGGCGGCGGUAAUAGUAAUAGUAGCGGUGGUGGGGGUGGAGGUUUUGGUUUUUUGGGCCAGCUGAAGGAGAGUGCGGCUGGCCUGAUGAAAAAUGUUAGGGAGAGACAUGCAUGUGCUGACACACUCACAUGUGUAUGUAUGAUGAUUGCAUUUAAAUCCGAUCGAAGACAAAACAGACAACUGAGACUACCAGCCAUCUUCUCAUUCAUCAAAACAAUCAACAGUCAAUCCAGUAUGCCUUCAUCAUCGUCGUCGUCGAACAACAACUCAACAAUGGACUUGAGCUACCUGACUAGCAGGUUGAUCGUGACGUCAUUUCCGCACGAUGGCGUCGACUCGAGCACGCGCAACCAUAUUGAUGACAACAUGUACAAGUGGCUGUCGCAAUCGCACCACAACGUCGUCGUGCUGCAUUGCUUGAACGGCGGGAACAUCUCGGCGACGGUCACGUGCUCCUUUCUUUGUUACUGUCGUCUGGUCGAUGACAUCAUGCAGGCCGUCUCAUUGUUCUCUAGCAGAAGGUUCAAUCCUAAACUCACCGCCUCUCAGUUGAGAUACAUAGGCUACAUAAACCAGAUAGCUAAUAGGAUGUCAUCAUCAUCGUCGUCGUCGUCCUCACAACUACCCAACAACAACUUUGUAACUCUGCGGCGAAUCACAAUACAGCCUGUCCCUCUAUUUAAUAAGAUGAAGACAGGCUGUAGACCUUACAUCGAAGUGUAUGUUGGCGAUGAGAAGAUAUUUGUCAGUAGCGAGGACUAUGACUCCAUGAAGUCAUACGUCAUAGGGGACGGCAGGGUGCGUCUGGAACUAGACACCAUGGUGACCGAUGACGUCACCAUCAUCCUCUACCACGCUAGGUCAACUAUCGGCUCCAAAGUUCAAGGAAAGAUGACGUCAGUGAAGAUAUUUCAAAUUCAGUUCAAUGCUGGCUUCAUAGAGGACUCUGUUAAAAAUAUCAACUUUCAAAUAACUGACCUCGAUAAUCUUGACCCACAACAAGAUGCAAAGUACCCUGAAGAGUUCGAGGUCGACCUUGAACUUUCUGUGACGUCGCAGGAAGUUCCGCCCAACAAUCAGAUGAAGGAGAUGCUUGCAGCUAUGCAUAGGAGCAGGCCGUUUUAUACAGCCCUGAUAACCAGCGAAAACGAGUACAUCAACCUGGCCAGGGAACUCUCCAACAUUGAUGGCAGCAGAGACAGACGGUCGACUAGCCACCACCCAUCUCCGAAGCUGAUGAACCGCCAAAACAGUGACGACUCAUCAUCUCCAAAACCGCAGUCCAAGUUUUUUGUUCCUCUCAAUGUCCCCGCGGAAAAACCGAAGGUGAAACGAGCUCCUCCAGAAAAACCACUCCCUCCGAAAAUAGCAACCAACCAGAGCAGGCCUCACCCCCGGGAGCUAAUUAAAUCAAACCAAUCAGAAAGCGUCGAUUUCGAUGCGUUUUCUCAAGAGAGAAUAAACCAGUUAAAGCUCGUUGAUGAUGACGUAGAUGAUGAUAAUGAUGACGUAGGCAAUGGUGUGAAAAGUCGGUUCCAUCACGAUGGGGAAGAUGGCUCUAGCAAAGUUAAAGUGGCCAACUUGUUGGGUGACGAUUGGGAAGCAUUUGGCCGGCAAACAGCGGAGAAUAAUGUUGAUAGUGCAACUAAUAAGAAUGUUGAAUCGACGAUCGUUGUUGAUGAUGACGAGGAAAUGUGCAGGGAUGAGUCGGAGCAACAUCAACAGCAACAUGUGGCACAUACAGAUGAAGCAAAUGUAGAUUAUUUCAACUUGUUUACUGACCAGUCACCACAGCUGCAGCAACAGCAGCAACCACAGCAGCUACAAACAACAUCAAAAAGCAACAACCCCUUCAACAUGUUGCUCAUUGACGACCUUGAAGACAGCAACAUCAGCAACAAAGACGAUGCAAAGCAGCGAGACAAGGAAUUUCUCUCUUUCCAUUCAUCAUUCGAUCCUUUCCAGAACAAACAACAACAAGCGACAACAACAACAAAACCAGCAACUACAACUUCAAAAAACCCGACGAUUACUACAACGACCACUACAGCAACCAACGAAAGGAGCACAGGUGACGUGGAUUUCUUCAAUUUCCUUGACACGAUGACGCAAUCAACCCCUGAACAACAAUCUCUUCCUCCUCCUCCUCCAGCAACAAACACGACAUUGUUGGGCAACAAAUUGUUGAUCAACAACAAGUCUACCGCAAAGGCUGGCUCUUCAGAUGACCUGCUUGGUACGUGGACUCACAACAACAUUGCAACAACAACUUCCAUACCUAGACCGUCUAGUUUUGUUGCAUUCAACAAGCCUGCCGUUGCUACUCAACAGAAUACGUUUGACCCUUUCCAAGAUUUAGCCAACAUCUCAGCAGCUACAACAGCUGCUUCAGCAGCGGCUACUACAUCAACGACAGGAAGUGCUUUUUCAAGCGUUAUCGGCGGUAGGGAGGACAGGGGACUUAAGAAAGGAUUCGGGGUGAAACCCGCUGUACCGCAAGACGCAUUUGAAGAUCUGCUGGGCGGCCACUCGUUCACUUCCUCUUCCGCCAAGAAGGAACCGAAGACUAUAAAAGAGAUGAGGAGGGAGUUAGAUGCUAAGGAUAUUGAUCCGGAGAGAUUGAAGGUUCGAGAAUGGAUAGAGGGCAAAGAGCGAAACAUUCGCGCCCUUCUAUGCUCCCUGCAUACGGUCCUGUGGGAUGGGGAAGACAGAUGGAAACAGGUGGGCAUGCACCAGCUGGUGACCAGUGACCAGGUCAAGAAGUGGUACAGGAAGGCCGUCCUGUCCGUACAUCCAGACAAGCUGACUGGCCACCCGCAAGAGAAUUUAGCCCGCCUCAUCUUCAUAGAACUCAAUGAUGCCUGGUCAGAAUUUGAGGAAACAGGGAUGAAGUCAUUGUGCUGAAAUGAUUAUUGAUUAUUAUUACUAAUUAUUAUUAUAAUUAUUAUUGUAAUAAUAAUAAUAAUUAUUAUUAUUAAUUAUUAUUAUUAUUAUUAUUAUUAUUAUUAAUGCUUCAGUUAUUGUUAGAGGCUGGUUGAGCGAUUGGUUGGUUGAUUUGUUGGUUGGUUGAAUGAUUGGUCGAUCGGUUGAUUGAUAUUGGUUGAGAUUUUUUACGGAAACUUACUUACAUUAUAUUAAGAUUAAGUUACGACUUCUUUAGAACUUUUCAAUGUUUAUUAGAAUUAGUUUGACAUCAUCAUCUUAACGUAACUUUUUCAACUCCUCUUCAUCUAAAAAUGGAUGUAUCCUUGUUUGAAUUUAAAUUUAAAUUAUUGAUUACAUAGAUUCUAAAGCUGCUCAACGUAUUUUAAAUUUUAUUAUUUCUUUGUUUUACAUACAUUACGUAUAAAAUAACGCUUAAACACACACACGUACAGACACACAAACACACACAACACAUGCAUGCAUACAUUCUUGUUGGUUUACUUUAAAUUCAAAGUUGUGUUGUAUGUUUGAUUGUUUUUAUUUAUUUGUUUUCCAAUUUUAAAUUAUAUUAAUAUUACUUCAAAUUUGUUGUCUCUAUAUACGUAUACAAAUUACACAUCCACACAUAUAUACACAUACAUAAUAAACUAAGUUCUACACCAAUGUUAUUUGAUUCUAUAUAUGCUAUUCAUUUUAUUUGUAAAUUAUUCUAAUAAAUCGAUUAUAUAUUCUUUAAUUAUUAAUAUUAUUGCAAUUAUCUCCAUAAUUAUUAAUCUAUUUGUUAUUGUUAUUACAAUCAGUUGCUGUUAAAUGAUAUUUGUGAUCUGUAAAUACACAUUACAUUACGUA